GAGAUACGUGAGCGUGUGCAAUGCUUUUCGUCGAUACGACGACGACGACGACAACGACGACAUAGACGACAACGAGGAGGACGACUUAAGACGGCUAAAAACGAUCAAGAAAAAAGAAACUUGCUCUUUUAAAGAACCUUUGUUUAUUUUUGUUUUUUUCUUUUAUUUUUUAUUUAUUUCUUUUUUCUUUUUCUUUUUUUUUUCUUUUUUUUUUCUUUUUUUACACUGUGAACAUUUUCAACGCGCGCGCGUGUUUGUGUGUGUGUGAGGAGGAAAAGAAAACAAUUCGUAUUUCCUCGAUCUUCUUCCAAUUUCGUUCUUCUAUUUCUCUUUUUUUUUUCUUGUUUUUGUUUCUUCUCUUCUCUUUUCUUAUUCUUUGCUUUAUUUUUCUCUCAGCAAGCAAAAAGAGGGAAAAGAAAGAAAGGAAAAAAAAAAAAAAGAAAAUAACGAAAGAAAAAGAAAUAUCAUCCCUGGAAGAUCUAAAAGCAAAAGGGUUUAUAUAUGUAUAUAUAUACAUAUAUAUAGAUCGUCGUUAUCUCGUUCAUUUUCUCGUUCUUUUUUCUUUUUUGGUGUGCGUGCGUAUACGUCGUAAAAAAGGAAAAAAGAAAAAAAGGGAUAAAAAGUUAAAUAAAAGGCAAGGAGAAGAAAACACAACGGAUUUCGUUCACUUCGUGACAUCUAUGAAGGAACAUUAUAAUUCGAGAGAUUAUCGAGAUUUCGAUAAUAUUUCUCAAUACAUCGAAAAAGAUAUUACAAGGAGAUCGAUAAUGCAACGAGUACCAACCUCGGUUUAUUACGAGAACGUCGUCGAGGAUCAUAAUUACACGAUGUUCUCGAUGUAUCCUACGAUCAACAGUAAUAAUCCAUCGGAUUGCAUGCAAUUAACGAAGGAAGAAAAGGCAAUGUUGGUAUCUCUCGACGGCUUGCACAGUGGUGUACCAACAAGAACUACGCCAACAUUGACACCGACAACGCUGAGAAGUAUAGAACAGACCUUCCUCGAGCUUACCAGCGAAACAGGGUCCCAUAGUCGAGAGGCUGGUUUCGUACCACCUUUGGUCGAACCUUCACAACCAACUCCGGCUCAAACACAAAAUCUGGCGACACAUCACAACAAUCCUGCAAGUACUCUGAUCGAUAGUCAACAGACGUUAUCACAGCAGCCGGAACAACAGCAACCACAGCAACAGCAACACCAGCAGCAGCAGCAACAACAGCAGCAACAGCAACAACAACAGCAACAACAACAACAGCAGGCAACGAAACGCAAUAUGGGUGGUAGGAGACCAACUAGGACAAUUGGUAUGACACCCGAAGAAGAAAGGAGACGACAGAUAAGACGAGAGAGAAAUAAAAUGGCAGCUGCUAGGUGUCGCAAGCGAAGAAUGGAUCAUACCAAUGCCCUGCUAGAAGAAACAGAGGGCUUGGAACAGAAGAAGCAAAGCUUGCAGGAUGAAAUUCAUCAGUUGCAGCAGGCCAAAGACGAGCUCGAGUUUAUUCUCGAAGCUCACAGAGCUGUCUGUCGACUUCGUUCCUCAUCGCCGCCUGAUGUGAAGCCUGUGAUAAAGCCGGAAAUACCCCUCGAGGAUCAAUUCGCCGAGCCUACGAAGCGCGACAAUAACACCUUGACCUCCGCAAGACCUAGCAGACCAAAUUCAUUGCCAGUUGGAUUUGACAAUAACAACAGACCAAACUCAUUGUCGAUCUUUAGCGAGCCUAAGGAAAGACCGGAUACAUUGACCUUCAAGACGGUCGAGACACCGUCAUUCAUGAAACCGUCGUUAGACGUAGCCGGUAUGCCGAUAACAACACCAACCAGUGGUAUACCAUUCAAUUUUGAUUCCCUGAUGGAAGGUGGUACAGGCUUGACGCCAGUUUCGACACCAUUAAUACCAUCCUGCUCGACGCAACAAAGGAACAAUCUCUCCGCCGUAGAUCUCAGCUCUCCAGACGCCAAUCCACCGAAACUCGUAAGCUUGUGACGCCAAGAUGACGUCAUUGAAUAUGGAUCGAACGAGGACGAUCCUGAAUGAAAUAAUCAUGGCGCGCCUGAUAUAUAUAUAUAUAUAUAUCGCUUGCCAUUCAUUAUUUAGGAUGACAAUGACGAUGACGACGGAUGACGAUGAUGACGAAGAGAAACUCUUUGUGUGUAUGUGUGAUUUAUUCGCCUCAAGAUCUAGAGGAGAAAUAGAAAGACGAUCGUAAACAUCAAUGUUAUGAGUGAAAUUAAGAGAGAAAGAAAGAGAAGUGGGGGGAGAGAGAGAGAAAGAGAGAGGGGCGUUGCCCUUUUUAUCUCAGACGUUUUUCUACGUCGCAGACAUCACGAGUUGCCAUAAAUAAAAAAUAUUACAUACUACGUUGUAUUUUUCUCUUCGACCGUCCCCACGCCAAGGCUCCUCUGACUGGGAUCGGUUUGUUUACUUUUUUUCUCUCUCUCUCUCUCUCUCUUUCUAUAAAGUAAAAACAGGAAAAAACAAUCCUUCUAGCGUUGCGCUGUGUUGCUAUUUAUCUUUCUCUCUCGUACGUUUGUGCAAUACACACACACAUACACACACACACACACACAUACAGAUACACACACAUUACCACCACCAAUAUAUAAAAACACGCCUUUUGUUUCCUUCUUCUUGUUGUCCGUCGAGCAGCAGCGGAAGAAGAUCGUUCGUUCUUUUAUUUUAAUUUUUUUUUCUUGUGCAAAGGAAGAAAAGAGAUCUACGGAGUUGCUUGCGCCUGUAAUUUGAUAGAUAAAAAGAGAAAUAAAUUGUUUUUUCCUUUUGGGUAAAUCGUUAAUGAUAAAAAGGAGUAUUUUUGUACGUAGGGGUACGUAUUAAGUUGUCGAGGGGAGGUGAGGGGACGGGAGGGUUGUGCAAACAAAUCACCUUCUAUUGUUAAUUAAAACUGUGCAUUGAUUGAUUGAUUGAUUGAUCGAACAGCGUAUUUUGAAUAUAAAUAUAUAGGUGUAAAGCUUUGUGAUCUUGAUCUUUGACACGUUGAUUCCGCUUUAAUUUGAUUCAAAGUGGUACAACGAUUUUGACUUCAUCAUUAUUAUUAUUAUUAUUAUUAUUAUAUUAUUAUUAUUACCAUUAUUAUUAUUAUUAUUAACGAUCAUAUUGUAAUUGAAUUACUCGAUCGAUUUGAAGAUAUAUUUUCUACCUUUCCCAAAGCGAAUAAAAGGAUAGGCAAACGUG